UUCUUCCAUCACACCUUCCUUCCCUCUGUUGUGUCUGUUGAGCAUGCUUCUAGUCAUUGGUCUGGACAGAAUGCUCCUGCUGUGUACUGUGAUCUUUGGCUUCUGGAGGGACACCCAUGCUGUGUCCCCCGUGCCGUCCAUUCCAAACCGUGUCCCUGCCUUGGUAGGCUCCUGCGUGGUCAUCCCCUGCUCCUUCACUCCUUCAGCCUCUCAUUCCGCCCUGGGCAGGCAGGGGAGAGUGGUGGGCGUGAGGUUGCGCUACAAGACUCGUCACAUCUCCAUCCUGCAGAGUACAGCUUUCAGUACGGAGGACAAAUCCACAGUCAGCAGGAAGUUCCUGGGCCGGACAUCCCUACGGGGAAACACGGACGAUGGAGACUGCUCUGUAAUGAUUGACAGGGUCCACCUGGCUGACUCCAAUGUUUAUGAGCUGGCGUUGAAGGGCCAUGGACAGAAUGACUGGGGGAAUGCGAGGAGGGUCAACAUCGUUGUGUCAGAGUCCCCAGAGCUCCCAGUGAUCAGCGGUGUGGGGGCAGCGACAGAAGGACAGAUGGUGUCACUAAACUGCAGCAUUAGUUACUCCUGUCCCUCCCAGGCCCCCACCCUCCAGUGGCGGUGGGAGAGAGGAGCUCAGGAGAACAGCAGCGAGUAUGGGGAGCUGCAGGUACUCCAGCCCCAGGGCCAGGGGCCUACACUACGGACCUCUCUCACUUUUAUCGCAUCGUAUCGCAUCAAACCCAGAAUGAGGUGUGAGGCAGUAUAUCCAGGAGGAAGAAGAGUAUACACCGUAAAGGAGCUCCAUGUGACAUACAAGCCUGUCAUCCUCCAACUCUCCUCCUACUGUGUUGUGAAGGGGUUGGAGGUUCUGUGUCGCUGUUCUGUGGACUCCAACCCCCGUCCAGGCGUAACCUGGAGUGUCAACGGUAGUGUUCCACCAUACAGUUACAACACAUCAGUAGGCUCAGAGAACGGUACACUAACAGCCAUGCUGAGGGGCCACAUGGAAACUCCACUGAGGAUAGUCUGCUUCGCCAUUAAUGCACUGGGCAACGACUCCCACACACUGCUUCAGGCAGAGGACGGUUCUCUGCUGUGGAAAGUGAUACCUGCAGUAUGCAUCUCUUUGGCCACCUUCCUCCUCUCUCUACUCCUCCUGUUCUGCUGUCGAAAGAGGUCAGGAAAACGUGUGCUGACCUGCAGACCUCCGGUGUAUCCUGGGGACAUGGGUAUCUACCAGGAUCAGAUGCCCCUCUACAUCAACUGCACUGAGGUCAACAACAUCUACACCAAUGGCAGUUACCAGCUGGUUUACCAGAACUGCACCCCUCUUUUCGUCCGGACCAAACAGACACAUCCUAUGGGGAGGCGAGGUGGGGAGAGACGAGGUGGAGAGAGGAGAGGGGGAGAGAGAAGAGGAGGUGAGAGACGAGGAGGGGAGAGAAGAGGGGGAGAGAGUCAAGGGGGCAUGGUGGACAGAGGAACAAGAGACAGACAAAGCCCUGCCUACAAUGACAAUAACACUGAAACAGCUAUCUACUUGGAGAUCAUCUGAGUUCAUCUCUCAGUGUGGUAUGUCAUGGAUAGCUCUGGUCCAGAUCAUUAACACUAAUGGCUUGGAUCAGCGUUAUGUCAUGGAGUGGAAGAGAGCUCUUACAGUGUAUAACAAGACAAGCAUGAACAUACUGCUUGACUGAUAAUGGCACAAUGAUAUGGUAUCCACUUGAUAUAAUUUUGCAUGAUUAUACAUACAGUACCAAGUAGUUAUGUGGCACAUUUAGAUUAUCCUUCUCUCCUUUUUAAUGAUUGAUAUAUAUAUAUAUAUAUAUAUAUAUAUAACUUUUGUGUGCAUAAUUGUAGACUUAAUAUCCCUAGCUACUUCAUCAGUGCAUAUACUUGAAGAUAAUGGUCCACACACAUUAUUCACCUAUUUCAUGCAGUACAUUUAGCAUCAUUACACAUAUAAUGUCUGUAUAAUGAUAUUCUAGAUAGGAUGAACAGGAUUGUAUGAUGUAAUGAUGAUAAAGGUGUCUUAUAAAACAA